GGGGCGUAAGGAUACGUCGGGGCUACGCGUCGCUAGCAGGUGCACUGCGCAGGGAAACGAGGAAUAACACGGGAGGAGCGAAUCCGCGGCUGAGGGUGUUUUUACCGUUAAAACCACCGAAGUCACGUCAAACCACGCAACGGAACCCCGCGCUUUCACCGGAAUAAUGUCACGAGCAGAUACCAUCGGCUGACCUGUUUUCUCCGGAGUGACUGCGUUCUCCACAACUAGAAGCCACUCACUCAACUACCAACAAAAUGUCCGGGACCUACACACCCGCCCCGGGGGGGCCAUUCUCUGCUCUCACUCCCAGUAUGUGGCCUCAGGACAUCUUGGCCAAGUACCAUCAAAAAACCUCAUCAGAGCAGCCCGAACUCCAUUACGAUGAGUUUGGCUUCAAAGUGAACACUGAAGACGGUGGGGAACCCAGGUCCUGGCUUGGCACCGAAGGCUCACCCCAGCGUGAAGAUCCACAGCAGCGAUUGCGCUGGCAAGCCCACCUGGAGUUCACCCACAACCACACGGUGGGUGACCUGACCUGGGAGCUCAUUGAUCCUGUGCUUCCACGCUCCGAGCGUCUGCGUUCCUUGGUGCUCGGUGGCAUACCUCACAGCAUGAGGCCACAGCUUUGGAUGCGGCUGUCUGGAGCGCUGCAGAAAAAGAGGACCACUGAGAUCUCCUACAGAGAAAUCAUUAAGAACAGCUCCAAUGAAGACUCCUCCACAGCCAAACAGAUAGAGAAGGACCUCUUACGGACAAUGCCAACCAAUGCAUGUUUCAACACCAUGACCAGUGUUGGAGUGCCGAGGCUGAGACGGGUAUUGAAAGGUCUCGCCUGGCUCUACCCGGACAUCGGGUACUGUCAGGGUACUGGGAUGGUGGUUUCCUGUCUCCUGCUCUUUCUUGAGGAAGAGGAUGUCCUGUGGAUGAUGUGUGCCCUGAUCGAAGACCUUCUCCCUCCAUCCUACUUCUCCUCCACUCUGCUCGGUGUCCAAACGGACCAGAGGGUUCUCCGCCAGCUCAUUGUUCAGUACCUACCAGCCCUCGACCGCCUUCUGCAGGAGCAUGACAUAGAGCUGUCGCUGAUCACACUCCAUUGGUUCCUGACAUCAUUUGCCAGUGUGGUGGACAUCCGUCUGCUGCUUAGGAUCUGGGAUCUGCUCUACUACCAGGGCUCAUUGGUGCUCUUCCAGGUCACACUGGGGAUGCUCAAGAUCAAGGAGGAGGAGCUUGUAUCCUCAGAGAACUCUGCUUCCAUUUUUAAUACUCUGUCGGACUUGCCGAGCCAGCUGAGAGAUGGACCUGCAGUACUUGGGGAAGCUAUGAGGCUCGCAGGGACACUGUCCCAGGAAACUCUGGACGCCCACCGACACAAGCACCAAGCCUAUAUCCUAAAUGAACAGGCGCAGCUCAGCAAUGGGAACAACACAACACACAACACAAAUCUCAACAAGGUGGUGAGAAGACAGUCGCUGCGCAGGAAGUCCACCCUGAGCUCCCUGUUGUUUGGGGAGGAUGAGGCAGAUGCUCUAAAAUCUAAGAACAUAAAGCAGACGGAGCUGGUCGCUGCCCUGCGAGAGGCCAUAACCCGUACUGCAGAGCACUUCCACUGUUUGGACCCGCGUCACUCCAGCACUGACCUGACUCCUGAUUACUCCAUGGAGAGCCACCAGCGAGACCAUGAAAACUUCCUUGUUGUUUCCCGUAACCGGCGGAGACGGGCAAAGGCUUUGCUGGAUUUCGAGCGACACGAUGACGACGAACUGGGCUUCAGAAAGAAUGACAUCAUCACUAUCAUCUCACAAAAGGAUGAACACUGUUGGGUUGGGGACCUGAACGGCCUCAGAGGCUGGUUUCCAGCGAAGUUUGUGGAGAUCCUUGAUGAAAGAAGCAAAGAGUAUUCAUUAGCAGGUGAUGACUCUGUGACAGAGGCAGUGACAGACCUGGCCAGAGGCACAUUGUGUCCGGCACUUAAGGCCAUUUUUCAGCAUGGUCUCAAGAAGCCGUCUAUACUGGGAGGGCCCUGUCACCCUUGGUUAUACAUAGAGGAGGCGGCCAGUAGAGAGGUGGAGAGGGACUUCAACUCUGUCUACUCAAGACUGGUGCUUUGUAAAACUUACAGAUUAGAUGAAGAUGGGAAAGUACUAACACCAGAGGAGCUGCUAUACAGAGCAGUACAGUCAGUCAACAUGAGCCACGACACGGCACACGCUCAGAUGGAUGUCAAGUUUAGGUCUCUGAUCUGCGUCGGCCUCAAUGAGCAGGUGCUACACUUGUGGCUGGAGGUGUUGUGUUCCAGCAUGGCUGCUGUAGAGAAAUGGUAUCACCCCUGGUCGUUCCUGCGCAGUCCUGGAUGGGUUCAGAUCAAAUGUGAGCUCAGGGUCCUCUCAAAGUUUGCCUUCAGUCUUUCCCAGGAUUGUGAGCUACCCGACAAAAAACAGAAAUCCACUAUUCUCAAAGCAGAAGUUAUGGAUGUGCUGGUUCAGCAUCACCUCUUUAGUUGGGAUCUCUAGGUAACGUGCGUAUGAGACAAAGAGAAGGAGCAGAGGCCGUUGAAAGAAGGCGUGCAGGACAUGUUGGUGAAACAUCACCUCUUCAGCUGGGACAUUGAUGGCUAGACACCCAGCUAGACAUGGCUGAGUCCCACCCCGUCCUCUGUGUCCUGUGCGUCCGUUUAUAUUUGAUGUCUCCUCACUCGUUUCUUACAGACUGUCCAUCAUAAACGCAACACUAUUGUCUGCUACGUGAAGUGACCGCUUCACAGACACUCCAUACUGACGACUGAAACCCUCACGUCACCACCAAGGUCGACUGGUUUGUAUGAGCUGAAGCAUGUGUGCAUUAAGGUGCAUACUUUAUUUUUAUUCAGACCCUCUAUAGGAGGUUUCCCUUCAUAUUUAAAACUCUAUAUAAAAAAGGUCAGGCAUUCCUCUAGUACAGAAUAGUCUGUACUCACUGGACUGGAACAUUUCUGGAGAACUGACUACACUGAGCUUUCAGCUUUUUACAGCUGACUGAGUUUUACGCUGGAGCGAGACAUGCAGUCCGUUCUCCGUCUACGUUAAAGGCAGCAGCUGGUGAUCCCAAACACUGGGCCUUUUUAACAUGGUCCCAAAUUCCACAUCAGCCUGUAAACUUCCCUAAAACAGAACAUUCCUGAACACGGAGGCGUAAAGUUACUUAUUAUUUUAGAGGAAUGCUACUUACCUCAAUAUACCAUGAAUUCCCCAAAAUAGAUUUUAUUUUUUUCAAGCACUUUUCCAGGCCUGGAAAUAAACAUUUGACAAUUCCAUGACUUUUCCAGGUUUUUCAUGACCGUAGGAACCCUGUGGGAUUAUGUGCUGUAUUUGUUUGUACUUACACUUAUUGGAAUACGGUGUGUGUGCGUGGAUAUGAGGGACGGUGGAAGCAUCAGAUACGACUUGAGUUUGAAAAGCGCAGACGAGAGCAGGUGGAAAGACCUCGAGACCAUCCGAAAGCCAACGUUCUGCAUGUAUGCUGCUGAAUAAAUAACUGACAAUUAUAAAACG